GGAGGAGAGCGACCUGUGUUGUUUACACACAAAUCUCUCCCCUGUCAGUGAUACUUGGCAAUUGCCAGGUGUAGUUCUCUCCCUUGUAGAGCCAUACAAAGCAGUGUGCUUACAAUGAAGCACACAGCACAUAAUGUAAAAACAGUACACAGCACACAGUUAACCCUUUGAUUGCACCCAGAUGUUAAUCCCUGCCCGCCCAGUGCUUUUUAUCAACACUGAUCACUGUAUUGGUGUCACUGGGGAUGUCAGUGACACCAAGUCAGUUCCCCCCAGUGUCAGAAUGCCCGCCGCAGUCCCGCUAUAAGUGA